AUGAUGGAGAGGAUAAGAAAAGAAAUGAUUCUGAUGGAACGUGGGCUGCACAGUCCCGCUGCCGGCAAAAGGCUCGCGAAUUUGUCAGACUCCGCUGGAAAUGCGGUAUUAGAGGCCCUUGAAAAUUCUCAACACAGUGGUCGCCUCAGCCCGAGACUAACUUCCGCCUCUCUGCAUGGCACUCUCGAGGAUAUCCCCACCAAAGGCAAGUUCGAAAUAGACAGUUUGUUCAGUCCGCAUCAUCACAGCAGCGACAAUACCUCCUCAGCCGAGAUCUCGUCUUCGGAAAAUAGGAAGAAAAUCAGCCUGUAUCCAGAAGUUUCUCAAGACUCAGACAUGAACAGUGAUGUGGAGGUUGGGUGCCCAGCACAUCGCUCUCCCAGCACAAACCAACACAAGGAAAACAACAAAGGUUUUUCUGACAGUAAUUCUGGAACCUCUAACACAAGCUCAUCCUCCCUGUCCAACCUGAACCUAAACGGUAAUUCGAUAGGUUCAAGCAGUUCGAAUGCGGAUCAGGUGAGAAGGUACCGGACAGCAUUUACAAGAGAACAAAUAGGACGACUGGAGAAAGAAUUUUACAGGGAAAACUAUGUUUCGAGACCAAGAAGAUGUGAACUCGCCGCGGCUUUAAACCUGCCUGAAACUACAAUAAAGGUGUGGUUCCAAAACAGGCGGAUGAAGGACAAGAGACAGCGUCUGGCGAUGUCUUGGCCACAUCCAGCCGAUCCGAGCUUUUACACCUACAUGAUGACGCACGCAGCUGCCACCGGAAGUCUACCAUACCCUUUCCAUUCCCACAUGCCUCUGCACUAUUACCCCCAUGUGGGUGUCACGGCAGCAGCUGCUGCCGCGGCCGCAUCUGGUGCAGCUGCAUCACCUUUUGCUACCUCCAUCCGUCCACUCGAUACUUUCCGCGCACUCUCGCAUCCCUACUCGCGACCGGAGUUACUCUGUAGCUUCAGACACCCGGGACUCUACCAGUCACCCGCAGGCCUCAACAGUUCGGCCGCAGCAUCAGCAGCGGCCGCGGCGGCGGCGGCGGCUGCAGCUGUCAGUGCGCCUUCGGGCAGCGGUCCAUGCUCCUGUCUCAGUUGUCACAGUAGCCAGGCGGCCAGUGCCCUGGGCUCGAGGAGUGCCAACACAGACUUCACUUGCACAGCAGCUGGGCAAAGGUCCGAGAGUGGAUUUUUGCCUUAUUCCGCCGCUGUACUGAGCAAAACUGCGGUUGCUUCGCCAGAUCAGAGAGAGGAGACGUCGCUGAACAGAUAA